CAUUUCUUGUACCAACAGCCGCGUGAACUGAUCUAUUCAAGUUCAAGAAGCCGGUAGAUCUGUGUGUGGUGAAGAAAGUGAAGUGCUUUCAUACAAAAUAUGCCCUAAUUAUGAUAGUUUUAGUGUUUCUGGACCAUUUUUACGUCUUUUUUUAUUUGUUUUUCUACAUUUUUUUCAAUGUCAUAAGUUACAUGAUUUACGAAGGUGUUAAUUUAGACGAUGUAGCUCGCUAUUCGUCGCUUGUAAAAAUCUUCUUAUAAGACUGAAUAAAUACCGCAAAAAUACUUGUGAGAAUCAUCUUGUCUUAUUAGUGAAAGUGGUUAACCCAAACACCUCGCGGCUCUCUCAGUGAAAUUCGGUUCAUCGACUCUAACAAACAUUAAAGAUGGAAAGUGCUGGAAUUAUUCUAUUGACGAUUUUCUUCUUCGUAUACUUAUAUUUCAAGCACGCCUACACGUACUGGAAAUCCCGAAACGUUCCCCAACUCACACCCACGUUUCCUUUUGGCGACAUGGCCAGCGUCAUUUUCAGACGACACAACAUGGGAGAUAAAAUCAAAGAAAUUUACGAUCAAAUGAAAGCGCGAGGACACAAAUACGUCGGCUUGUACUUUUUUAGCAGAAAGGCAUUUCUGCCAAUUGAUCCGGUCCUGAUCAAGAAAAUUCUCGCACCGGAUUUUCAGCAUUUCCACGAUAGAGGAAUCUAUUAUGACGAAGAGAAUGAUCCGAUAAGUGCGCAUUUGUUCUCGCUAGCUGGACCUAAGUGGAAAAAUCUAAGGGCCAGGUUAACACCGGCUUAUUCGCCAGGCAAAUUGAAAUAUAUGUUCAAUACGGUCCUGGCGUGUGGGGAAGAGAUGGCCGACAUUCUUAAAGAAAUCGCGAAACGCGAAGGAAAGGUCGAAAUCAAAGAAAUUUUGGCGAGAUAUAGCACCGAUGUGAUCGGGUGUUGCGCUUUCGGGAUCGAUUGCAACAGCAUGCGAAACCCCACGGCCGAAUUCCGUCUGAUGGGCCGUCGCGCCUUCACUCAAACUGUCGGCGACGUACUCAAAAUGAUAGUCAUUCGAAGCUUCCCUCGUUUGGCUAAACUCCUCGGUUUCGGCGUUUUUUCCCCUACUGUCACUGGAUUCUUCCAACGAGUCGUAAACGAGACGAUUCGCUAUCGCGAAGAAAACAACGUUACUAGAAACGAUUUCAUGCAGUUGUUAAUUCAGCUCAAAAACAAAGGAAAAUUAGAAGGCGAGGGCGAAGAGAAAGACGGCGCGUCGGCCGUCGGGACGUCUUUGACACUGGACGAGGCCGCGGCGCAAGCCUUCAUUUUCUUCUUGGCUGGAUUUGAGACGACGUCGACAACAAUCAGCUUUGCGCUAUUUGAGAUGGCCCGAAAUGAGAACAUACGCACUAAAGCACGGACUGAAAUUAACAAAGUGCUAGGAAAGCACGGAGGGAAGCUGACUUAUGAGGCCACAAUGGAAAUGAAAUAUUUGGAUACUGUUAUUUCCGAAACGUUACGUAAAUAUCCUCCAGCACCGGUAUUUCUGCGAAAAUGUACAAAAACUUAUCGCGUACCAGACACGGAUGUCAUAAUAGAAGAGGGUUUAUCGGUGUUGAUCCCGGCUUAUGGAUUACACAGAGAUCCUGAAUAUUUUCCAGAUCCUGAGAAGUUCGAUCCUGACAGAUUUAAUGAAGACAAUAGAACCAAAAUAUGGGAUUACACCUACAUUCCCUUCGGUGACGGACCUCGCAUUUGCAUUGGUAUGCGUUUCGCCAUGAUUCAAAUAAAAAUCGCAUUAGCGUUGAUCCUGAAAUCCUUCGAAUUUCCUCUGAGUGAAAAAACAAUUCUUCCGAUGAAAAUGGAAAAUUCCGGCAUAAUUUUGGCUCCGAUCGGAGGAAUAUGGUUGGAUCUGAUUGCCUUAGAAUAAUACUGCAAUUUAAAAUAAAGCUUUACUUACUUUUGAAGAUAAUUCCAAAA